AAACUUGAACAUCAACUUCCGUUCUCGUUUUUAUCAUAACUGGCUAACAAAAUUUCAUGCGUAACUGCAUGAAUUGCAAGUUUUAUUGUUUACGUUAGGUGUGUCAUUCACAUUGUUGAACCACUUUACCUGUUAAAACUUAGUCUUAGUGCAGUCUCUGCUGUCAGCCUACUAAGAAACUGUCAUGGAAUCGACGAACAGUGUGUCAGAAAUGAAAACUCAAAUGGAAUUUGCUGUUGAAAUGAACAGUCCUUGCUGUGUCGAAAAAGUCAAAAAUGCGAUAAAAAGUUUUGCAGGUCUCAAUGUACUAAGUAUUGACCUCCCGGCACAGCGAGUCGUCAUUGAGGGUGAUGUCGUGGCUGAGGUGGUCAAGGACGCAAUCGAAGAGAAGACGGGGCUGUCUACUGUUGUACUUGGCCAAGGCUCAGAAGAGAACUUGGGAGCUGGGAUAGCUGCUGUGAGUGUUGGGAGCAGUGGUGUCAGAGGACUUCUGAGGUGGGUACAGAACAAGUCCAACACCUGUGUGAUAGAAGGCACCCUGGACAGCUUACCAGCGUCCAAACCCAUUUUCCUGUCAGUUCAUGAGUGCGGAGAUCUCUCCAAUGGCUGUGAGAACUGUGGCUCUUUGCUGACCACCGAUCAAGGGUUCAAUGGCGUCCUGAGUCGACUUUCUCCAAACGACAAUCAGAGGGCAGAAUUCCGUGUGUCUACGUCUGACAUCAAACUCUCUGAUGUGAUCGGGAGAUGUGUGGUGGUGCACCAGGGGGAUCAGGAAGAAGUUUUACAGGGAAAGAGUAACAGACUUGCAUGUGGUAUAGUGGCAAGAGCCUCAGGAUUGUUCCAGAAUUCCAAAAGAUUUUGUGCCUGUGAUGGAGUGACAAUCUGGGAGCAGAAGAAUGCGGAAAGAUCUGGCAAGUUGUGACCGUUGGGCACCCCAUGAUGAUCAUAAUGUGUAUAACAAGUUGCUGGAAAAUGAUUACUUUUUUUCUUUUUUCAAAAAUCAUGGUCACUGCUGCAUCAGAAAAAAAUCCAGAAAGUCAUGGAAAUUUGAAUAAUUCUCUUCAUAUACCUGGAAAGUUGACUUUAUAUAUAAUUAUAUGACUAACAUCAUUCGUAUUUGCUGGAAAGGCCAACUGAUCCCAACUUCUUAAAAUACAUGAUUGGAAUCAGGUAAAGAAUUAUUUGUCAGAUUGAACAAAUUCAGAAAAGUUGAUGGUACUUUCAAAAUACCACACAAAUCUUUGUGUGAUUGCCUUCAUCUUCAUCUCCUUUACACCGCUAAAAGUAGUUUGUCUUUAGAUUUUUGGAGCUCAUUUCUUGUUGUAAUUCAAAGUUAAAUUUGAUCUGAGUUUCUGUUGCUUGUAGAAGGCAAGGCAACAAAGAUUUAUAUAAGGAUUUUAAAAAAUAAGUCUGGAAAAUUUGGGGGGGGGGGGGUGUAUGCCUACACUGCAGGAGGUCAGAACAAAGUGGG